AUGCAAAGGAGCAGGUUUGGACCGGAGAUUGCCUUGAAGGAGGCACGGCUUGCUACUCUUCAGCGCGUUUCGGCCGAGCGGUUUGCUCGGACGGCUCCACUCAAGGAGCAAGCCGCAGGCACAAAGGCCCUUCUGCAGGCGCAGAUGCAGUCCUUAAGAGACUGGGGCUUUGCGUCCGAUGAGGACUUGGCCUCAGCAGCCGCAUAUCUUCCCCGUCUUCACAGCGACCCCAUGCUUACGGGUUGCCUCGCAUAUGCAGUGUACCCGUACGGUUCCCGAAUUCUCGGCUCCGCGCAGGGCCUCUCAAUGCAGGGCCUGGGAAUCGCUCCAGAACACUGCGAGAUCUUCGACACUGGUGGUGGGCUCUGGCUGAAGCACUUGGCCCCCGGCAGGUACCGCUUGUGCCUGAACGAUAAGAUGCUGGAUGGUACGACACCGGAGCCACUGACCAACGGUGAUCGCCUGCAGCUGGGCUGGGCGCACGAACUAUUGGUCGUGACUGACGAGCGCUCGGAGAUGUGCCCCGAGGUCCGGAAAGAUCCCGCAACCAGGCCAAUGGCGAGCCUCAUCGACGAAGCCAAUGAGCUUGCAAAGGAGCUGGAUCACCUGCAGAUUGCAUCCCAAGAGUCCAAGUUCUUCGAGGUGGUGGAUUCCUUGCCGCCUUCAAUGACACUGUCUGCUGCAACACAGGAGCCUCUCAUACGGUUGCGCCACCGUUCACAGGUGAUGGAAGAUGCUGUCACUGUUUGGCCGGUGUCGGAUUUUCGCUCGGAGGUGAAGCGGAUGCGGGACCUGUUCAGGGCUCCGCCUCCUACGUGCAGUGCCGCAGGGAGCAAGGUGCUGGACGUGGAGGAGGGGCAGAGCGGAGCUGAAAGCCGAGAUGAUGCAGGAUCGAUGACAAAGAUCGAGCUGCACAAGGAGGCCAACAUCUCCAGCCCGGGCCCGGCCUCCCCCGAGGACUGCAGCAUCUUGUCUUCACUUCAAAGGGCUCGUAGCCUGUCCCAAAACAUCGGCGACACUGUCUUCGCGCUGCAGGACACGGUGGCUGAGCUGAAGCGAACUGCUGCUAGUGCCAGAGCAGUGCCGAUGGAGGUGCUGACCAAGCUUCGAGAGGAUUGCGCUGAAAUGAAAAGCAGGUUGGAGCGCUUGGAGACUCGGGCCGGCCAGGCCCAGGCCCAGGACGCCACAAGGCACCGGGCUAUGGCCCUGGCCCCGCAGCAUCGAGACUCAGCACUUCCGACGCAGCGGCGGUACUCGAUGCCUGCGCCCGUCACGGUUCGGCCAUGUGCAGUGCAAGCUUGGCGAGGGCCAUCACAGCCCAUUCGGCACACCUUUUCCGAGCCAACAAGCAGGGCAGCUUGGCUGUCGCGUGAUGCAUCUUGCCAGAGAAUCGCGUACUCUCUGACUGCAUCAGCGGCGAGGGGCAGGCGAUGCUCUUCCCCAGGCGCCCAACGGAGUCCACUGGUGGUACAAGUUCCCGGAUCUGUGGUGUCAUACAAUCUUCACGGCAUGCUAGCAAAUGGCAUGGUGUCUCCAAAGAACGUCAGAACGCCCUUCAUUGCUCAACUGUAUGUCCGACCGUGA